AUGUUUUUUCGUUUGUCCUUCGCAGUUUGUGGACGGAAGCCGCGCUACCGGAGCACUGGGCGUACAUUAGACCUGUUCGAGUACUAUGCCCCGCGCAACCUCUAUCCGUGGCUGCUGGGACUCAAGAAGCGGGAGCGCUACGCGUGCAGCGCCACUCUUAUCAGCGACUCGUGGCUGCUGACGGCAGCGCACUGCGUCGCCAGUUCGCUGGAGAGCCGAAACGUGACAAUGGACCCUCGUGACCUGAAGGUGCAGCACACACCGGAUCCGCGCAACGACAGACGAGUGACGAAAAUAAUACUUCAUCCUGACUACGAGCCCGGCCGUAUUCCGCUCAACGACCUCGCUCUCGUGAUGCUGGAGGAACCGUUUAUCUUCAGCGAGACAAUGUACCCGGCUUGCAUAGAACUCUACGGGGAAGGCGUCCUCAGCAACUCCAAAGCCCUGGCGUUCAGUCGCGCCAACGACGUGUCAAGGCACGAGUACGAUAAGGUGUGGCAGGAGCGGGACCCGGACUGCCACGGUCCCGCCCCGCGGUGCCAGUCCUGGCCCAUCGAGGACACGCAGUUCUGUGGCCUCGCUCUUGAAAAAAACAAGAAGCUGGUUGGGGGUUCAUCAGGAGGGCCGUACAUGGAAAACCUUGGCUCUGACGCCGAAGAGAGCUGGGCUGUGUCCGGCGUGGUGUCCGCCUCCGUGGACAGAGAAGGCUGUGAUCAGCCAGUGACUAUUUACACUGCUGUCCAUCCAUUCAAAGAGUGGAUAGAAAACGUGGUUGAGGGUGGUCAAUAAUGGUCGAAGAGCAAAGUCUGACUCGUAGCCUGUUUCGAACAUGGCGGACCGUGAUUACCUACCGGAAUUAGCAGGGCCCGUUGCCUUGAAACCUCAAAAAAAUUCUAACUCAGGAAACGGUUACUACGUGGAUGAACAAUAUGCGCAACCAAUCCCGAUUAACUGAAUGAUCCACUUCAGUUACCCACUUGAAGAAUUAUGUUUUAGGAUUAGGUUACUAUAUUGUCUACUGAUAUUAGAAAAACUAAUGGUAUUCUUCUACUUCCGAGCGACGCACUGUCCUCAAGGAAGCCAUCAGAAGAAAGAAGUGCGAAGAUCUGGCAACCAAGCGCCGAACUUCUUAGGACUUUAGAGUAUAGAAUUAAGUUACUCAUUAGGUUUUGAGUUUCUAGUUCUCAAAGUUUUACUUUGCGCCCGUUGGCACCUGUUAGCUGAUUAUGAUUUUGAUUCACUUAGUUAAUGAACUAGUGCUUUAGUAAGGUUAAGUUUAGCUUACAUACUGCUAUUUGUUGUCAAUGUUAUUAUUUACCUCUCUUUCAUUAUUUUACGUGUGUAAAGAGCCAUUGCUCCAGCACGUUCACUUUAACGUAAUCGUACAUGCUCCUAAAUUUUUAUCGAGUACCAUUUACAUUUUUGCAAAAGGGACGUGUCAAGUAGUAUUGUAACAUUAAACUAUACGUCACCACCCUUACCUUCAGUAGCAUUACUCACGUCACCUUCCGUGACGUCAUUGUAGUAAAUCUAUACAAGCUCCUCAAGCAUCCCAUGAGUCAGUCGCAUACGCAUCCACUUACGUUUUGACGGCUCCGACACUCGCUUGUCUCACUCCCGAACUUGUCGAUUUAGCUACCCGAUUUAUUAGCAUACUAACACCUCAGGGUGACUUAUCUUGAAUAAUUACUGGUUUAGAGUUGCAACUC